AUGUUUAACCCGAUUUGGCGAAUCAUUUCAACCACCCAAGGAGUUACGGGACGUGGAGAUCAGUGCGAACUGGAUCCGGGCAAAGCGGCUUUACGGGCCGGAAUCUACGAAUGUGGUGGUACAGACUCGUGUCCGCCNGCUCCCACUCAGGAGAACAAAGUUGACCGAAGCGAUCGAGUUCCGGUAAGCCAUGAACCGGAUUAG